AUGGACUCUCUCCCAAUUUCACUCUGGAUUGCCAUUGCCGGGCUUGUUGCGCUUCUCUCACUCUGGACAAUGGGUGCCUUCUGGAGCAAGAACCAGAUGCCCGUCGAGGGCAAGACGGUUCUGAUCACGGGCGCUUCCGAGGGAAUGGGACGCAGUGUCGCUCGACAGAUGGCCGAGAAAGGUGCAAAUGUUAUCCUCGUGUCGCGAUCUGUUCCCAAAUUGGAGGAGGCAAUGGCAGAGGCUCAGGCCGCCGCAUGCAACCCCUCCCAGCGAUUUCACUACAUCACAGCCGACGUCUCGAAGCCCGACUAUGCUCCGUCUCUGCUCGCCGAAGCGGUAGAGUGGAACAACGGCCAGGCCUUGGAUAUCGUCUGGUGCGUCGCGGGCAAGUCGACUCCAGACUUCUGGGUCGAGGCGCCUCUGUCAUUGACGCGGAACCAAAUGGACAUCAACUUCUGGGGCAGCGCCGAGAUGGCGCAUGCAAUUCUGCGCCUGUGGUUAGCUCCGAAUGCGCCGGUGGUGACAGAACCAAAGCACCUAAUUUUCACCUCAUCUGUGGUGGCCUUCUUCCCCGUCGUUGGCUACGGCCCAUACACGCCUGCCAAAAGCGCCUUACGAGGGCUCGCCGAUACGCUGCUUCAGGAGGUGCAGUUGUACCCACAGAAAGUCAAGAUUCACGUCGUGUACCCUGGCUCCAUUUCGAGUCCUGGCUUUGAGCGAGAGAACAAGACCAAGCCUGAGAUCACUAACAUGAUCGAGGACGGUGACCCAGUACAGAGCCCGGACGAAGUCGCUGCGGCUUCCAUUCGCGGACUGGAGAAGGGAUACUACUUCAUCACUGUCGCCUUCCUAGGACAUGUACUCCGCUGGAGCGCCCUGGGUGGCUCAACGCGAUCCAACAUUCUGGUUGACACGGUCAUGGGCUGGGUCAUCGGGGUAGCCAUGCUGGUUGCCGGACCGCUCAUCCACCGCCAGAUUAGGCAGUACGGCAAGAAGCAUGGACACCCCGUAAACUACCGGAAGAAAGGCAACGAUGACUUGCUGAACUAG